AUGCAGGGUCCUGAGGCUUCGAGCCCCGAUGCGCUCGCAGGCCUGCCAUCAACCCUGAGCACGGUGAUAGGCAAUCCGACGACGUCACCGAUUGGCUUUGUUUCCUCAACAUUACCAAUACCAACACCCAUACAAAGCGAUCCAUUACUUUCGCAGCAACAAAUCCAAGCGAAUCUACAAAAUGUUCUCUCCUCUUUGUCGAUGGAGUUCCGUCCGGAGCCUAUCUUGGCCAGUGGCAACUCGACCGGGUCAACCGGAAAAGGCAUCUUGAUUGGGAUCUUGUCCGCGUUUGGCUCGGCUGCCGUCGCAUUUGUUGUUCUAGCGAUCUUUUUCUUUUUCAAAUAUACCCACCGGGGGCGGAUUAUGCUUGAUCGCAUUGGCAGGCCCGGUGAAUACGACGACGAGCAAGCAUUUUUGCGCGAGGAAGAGGCAGCUCUAGAGUCAAUGGAUGACUUGGCGCGAUCGGAAUAUUUGCGAGCAAAAGCUUUUGUCCAAGGAAACCCUCCCGAGUCCGUGCAAACCGACAUCUCCCUAUCACAGUUCCUCGCGAUCCAAGAAAAAGGUGUAUCCGCCUGGGAAUUCCAGCCAGAGCUGGAAAUUGCAAACUGCUUUGUGGAAGGACGAACAGAGAUCGAGUUCUUUGACUCGGAGUGCAGUGUACAGACCAACCUGCCAAUCCCCAAGCAGAAUGAUGUCUACUACUGGGAGGCAAAGAUAUACGACAAGCCUGACUCGACCAUGAUCGGCAUCGGUGUUACUACGAAACCAUACCCCCUGUUCCGAAUGCCCGGCUUCCAUAAAACCUCUGCUGCCUACCAAUCCACGGGACAUCGCAGACUCAACCAACCAUUUAAUCCCACCCCAUACGGGCCUCCACUACUCCAGGGCGAUGUUGUCGGUGUAGGCUACCGACCUCGAUCUGGCACCGUCUUCUUCACACGCAACGGCAAGAAAUUGGAGGACGUGGCUCAUAACUAUCGCUCACAAAACCUCUUCCCCACCAUCGGCGCUAACGGUCCUUGCACUAUCCACGUGAACUUUGGCCAAAUGGGAUUCGUGUUCAUCGAAGGCAAUGUCAAAAAAUGGGGCUUGGCCCCCAUGACUGGCAGCCUCGCCCCGCCCCCGCCCUAUGGCAGUGAGCAAGGCAGCAUUCUACUUGAGUCAGGCCGCGAGAGUGCGGCUCAAAUCUCCCAGCGCGUUUACCAAAAUGCAAACUACGCGGCCUCAGGCUCAAGUGUUAGGAUCCCUCCGGCGCCAAGCCCAGGUCCGUCUCGAUCACCAACUGACAUUUCCCUCGCUCAGCUGACUCACAUUCCUUCUCAUGAAGAUGGUGGUGAGGGGUACAGCCGUUUUGCUUUGGCCGAUCACGAGGGCAAUUAUGCGGCGGCUCCUGAUAAUCAAGAGCCAGAGGCUCCGCCCCCAGACUAUUCUAGUCCCGACGGCAGUCGCAGGAGCAGCGAUGCCUCUCUUGAUUGUCCACCUCGUUUUAGGGCUUCUGAGGAUCCCAACUCCCCAUCAAAUGACUCCAUGGAUUCUGGUGGUCAAUUUCUACCAAGCUACCAAACCGUUGUGGAGAGAGACUUGAAUGAACACAACUCAGAGGCCAACGAUCGGUCCUGA